AUUGGUUGCUAGUCCACACACCCACCGCACCAAAAGUCUUCCCCACUCCGAUUUCUCCUAGGAAAACAGGGGGAAGAGAGAGGGAGGCGGAGAGCCAUGUCGUCCUCCGCCGCUCUUCCGCCGAAUCAAAACAACCACGCCGCCGGCGCCGGCGGUGGAGAGGGCUGUGCCGCCUCCUCUGGCGGCAGCGCUGCGGCCCAUCAACAACCUCUGACCUUCUGGUGCCAUGAGUGCGACAUGAGCGUGACCCUCCUCCCCUCUUCCUCCCCUGCCCCCCUCCUCUGUCCCCAGUGUCGCGGCGACUUCCUUGAGGAGAUGGAGCUCCCUCCUUCCCCUCCUCCCCACCGCUCCAAUACCCUAACCCUCUCCCUCUCUGACUCCGACUCUGAUAUCCCCGACCUCGACCUCCUCGCCGAUUCACUCGACGAACCCCGCCGCCUCCGCCGCGUUCCCGCUCAGGCCUACCUCCGCCGCCUCAUCCACCACCUCGCCGCCGGCGACGACCACCCCCUCCCGUUUCCCAUCCCCGUCCGGGGCCCCUCCCCUGCCCCCAAAUCCUCCAUCGACGCCCUCCCCACUGUCCAGAUCUCUGACCCCUCCCUCUUCUGCGCUGUCUGCAAGGACGAGUUCCCCCUCCAAUCCGACGCCCGCCAGCUCCCCUGUUUCCACCUCUACCACUCUGACUGCAUCGUCCCCUGGCUCUCCCUCCACAACUCUUGCCCCGUCUGCCGGUUCCGCCUCCCCGAUGACGACUCCUCCGCCGCUGCCGAUCACCGCCGGCGCCGGAUGUCUGUCCGGUUCAGGAGUUUCUUUGAUGAUGACGACGAGGAUGACGGUGGCGGGACCCUGGCCUUCCGGACCGCGCUCCAGCAUAUCAGGAGGAGGCACCGCCUGGUGCUGCCGGAGCGGCCCUCGGCGUCCGCGGUGGUGGAGGCAUCCCCCACCCAGAUGGCGCAGGCUGAGACAGGGUCGGCCGGCCCGGCCACCAGCGGGGAGACGGUGUCCUCGGAGUGGCCCCUGGGAGGGGUUGGGGGGCCGGCGGGCGGAAGGGUGGAUGAUGAGGGGGAUGCCGUGAUGUCAGAUAUUAGGGAGGAUUUGUUCGAUUGACUGGGUUCAUUUAACUUCAGAAAUUGCAGUUUGUCGUUUUUUGCAGCUUAUGUAUUGUAGCUGUUACCAGAAAUCCAUCAGGAACCUCAAAGAUUUGCCCCUUGGGAUAUGCUUGGAUGAUUGCAGUCUGCGACUGUAACCUUCUGGCUUGUAGUAAUUUUAUAAUAUUAUGCAUUUAUUUCCUUAGUGCAUAGACUGAAGACCUCACUUCUACAAUAAUGGUACUGCUGCCCCUUGUACAUUGAUUAAACUUAUUUUUCCAAGUAAUACGUAUUUGUGUGACUUUUUUUCUCCUUUUCA